AUGCCGUCCCACGACAAAACAGCUGAAGAGCCGAAGAAGGGGAGGAUCAUUAAAUCCGCCUUUGAUAGCGAGAGCUUUGAAGCAGAUGGCACAAUCCACGUGGACGGCCUCGUCGGCUCGGCCACAAUCUCUCCGUCUGGUCGAGAUAUUGCCCUCGCAUCUCCCGACGGCCUUGCAAUCAUUGACCUAGACUCUCCGUACAACCCGCCUCGCCGUCUCCGAAGCCCUGGAAUGCCAUGGCUUGUCGUCGACGUACAAUGGUCACCGUUCGCGGCCCGAGACUACUGGGUCGUCUCUACAGCCAACCACAGAGCCCUGGUAUGGAAUCUUAACAUGAGGGAGGAUUCAAGCUCCGGACCAAUCGAACAUUCUCUUCAAGGGCAUAGCAGAGCAAUCACGGACGUUAAUUUCUCCGCCCACCAUCCCGAUCUUCUUGCGACCUGCUCAGUUGACGGUUCGGUUCACACGUGGGAUCUCCGACGGCCUCGUCAACCUGUACUUACCUUUUACGACUGGUUCGCCGGCGCGACGCAAGUGAAGUACAAUCGACAAGACUCCCACAUCGUUGCGUCAGCACACGACCGAUGGCUCCAUAUCUGGGACGAGCGAAAGGCCUCAAAGCCUAUUCGUUCCAUAACCGCACACACAUCCAAGAUUUACGGUAUCGACUGGAACCGAACGCGAUCGACAGGAAUUGUCACAUGUUCUUUGGAUAAAAGCAUCAAGUUCUGGGACUACGAAACCGGGGGCGACGAACCAGAACACAUAAUCCGAACUGACUACCCUGUGUGGCGAGCGCGGCAUACACCCUUUGGCUGGGGACUUCUGGCCAUGCCUCAGAAUGAGCCGGGUGACUUGUUCCUCUACGACCGCCUCUGGUCGGACGACUCUCCGGUCGAGGCCUCGCCUCCGCCGGCAGCCAUUUUCCCUGGUCACGGAGAGCACAAAGCAAAGGAAUUCCUGUGGAGAAGUCGCGGCGGUGUUUCGGAAGCAGGCAUGGAUGAGCGCCAUGCGAGAGGUGGCCCUGCAAGAAAAGGGUUGAAAAUUACCCGAAAAGGCGCGAGCUAUAGGACCUUCCGAGCAGUCGAUGAUUCAUCCAGCAAGGACCGCAAAACUGGAACUAUGAGUGACCAAAGGAUAUCUGGACAUCCCCAGCAAAGAGCCAGCGCCAACGCUGGCGCUCGAGCGAGUCUACCGUACAACCGAUACUCACAGCCUGUUUGGCGUGGUCCGUCAAUGAAGGCUAAAGCGCUUUCAAGUAGAAAGACCACAGACAGCCAGUCGGCGAUUGGGUGGAUGAAAGGCAUUACAAUGAACAAGCGCAAAACUUCAACAGAUACCUUUCGUCGUCUCCCAUCGAAAGUUGGUCUCAUGUCCCACAGCUUUCCAGAGGACCAAUGGGGCGAGCCUGAUACUAUCCAAGAAGAGCUUCUGCGCGUUAGCACGCAAAUUCCCAAGGUAAAAUGGGACAACAUCGACAUGGACAGUUUGACAUUUAACGCAUCAUUGACUGGUCCUUGGGGCGUUGAUGCCGAUUCGAUUUUCAUCAAAGUCAAAAUUGAUGUUCCAACAGGAUACCCCAAACGCAAGGCGCCCAAAUUCACCAUUGAAAAGUCCUCCUUCAUGCCAGAAGGGACGCACAAGAGAUUGCACCGCGAAAUACACAAACUGGCAAGUCAGUUUCUACUGCGGAAGCAAAACUGCCUCGAAGUUGCUUUCACAUAUCUUCUUGGUGAGGUGGACUUGGAGUCGAGCACUACGUUCUUCAAAAACGUGCGUGAUCUGGACGACGACUUGGAUGGUCUGGCAGACGACAGCUCAAGCGAGGACGAGGAUCCGGCAGCUACCGGAUCGGCGUCCAUGUCGCAAGAACUCCCCAGCACUGGCGAAGUCGACACGACAAUUGCUCCUCAUGGUCGCGCAAUCAUGCCGCCGCCCCCUCGAACCUGUGGUGCCCGGUUCUCCAAUGAUGGAAAGCUUGUAUGCUUCUUUCCCACCAAGGAAGAGAAAUUCCGAGCUCUAUUUUCGUCUACUGGAGAUGUCGCCAGGGACAGGCCCAAGAACGAACCUUUUUUUGCAGGAUUCGGGCGGUUAUCUUAUGAUCAGAGUCCACGCCAGCGAGAAAAUACCGAGGAAGCGUCUGCUACCGAUGACCAAUCUGGAGAUUCCGAUUCGGACCGGUCGUCCUCGGAUUCCUCCUCUAGCGACUCAGAAUCUACCUCUAUUCAUAACAUGAAUAUGUGGUAUCGUCCGAGUCGCCAACCCAAGAAGGCAUGGAGCGAGGACCGUUCCGUAAGAUCCAGUGGCGCUGGCACCGGUACUGGAACAGGCACCGGCAUUGGAACAGCUACUGGUACUGGGAUGAGCCGCCGCCGCAUCGUCAAGGCGCGGAAUGUCAUCUCGAUCCAUGACCUCCGCGCAGAUUUGCCCUCGAAACGCGAAUUUGCUGAAGAGUAUGCCAUCUUCGGAGAUGGCGCAGAUGUCUGCAACCAUAAUGCCCGCGUUGCUGAGAAGCAUGGCUUUGCCGAUCUCUCAAAUAUCUGGCUGUACUUGGCCCUUCUUCUACGCCAGGGCAUCCCACUAGAGGUGUUGGGCGGCAAUACACCGCGUGGCGACUCGAUCCUAGUAAUUGCGCGAGACGUUGUUUCACGAGUUGGCCAUAUCGAUAAAAAUGCUCCUCCAGAUCCUUGGGCGCGUGACAACGCGCUUUUUGGCAGGGUUCGAUGGGGCCAGCAUCCUCUAGCGAAGGAUCUCAUUGCCGACCUAUUUGAUCAUUUCGAGAGCACAGCUGACAUCCAAAUGCUAGCCAUGCUUGCGUGCAUUUUCAGCGAAGCUUCAGCAGAGCACAGUGUCGCAUACGCCAAAUCAAACCUGCCCAAGCAGGAAACUCCUUUACCCUUAAAGGCACCAUCAUAUUCGUUGGACUACUUCCCUGCAGAUGCUACGUCGUGGAACAUCUACAGCAGGAGCUUCACCAACUCUGCGAUAACAACACCUGGGACGCUUCAUACUCCGGUCAACUACGCUAGGUCACAAACAUCAGAUGAUGGUGUAUGGAACGCAGAGACGGGGCCGAAUUCCUUCUCAUGUGGUGAAACACCGCCGUCCAAGGGGAAAAGCCUCCUAAAUGAUCAAGAAUCUACGGUGGUGCUUUCCAAAUCUCCGAGCUCGCGGCCAAUACAGCAGAAAGGAAGCACCGGAUUUGCGUCGACCUUGGCUGCGAAUCUUCCUCGCUCAUUUACUGGAACCGCGACGUCUACAUCACCGCCUUUGCAGGGAAAGAAAAAGCCCAGUCCAGCUGAGAUGAUUUUAAACAGCAUUGCACCGCGCACAGUGAGCAGCAGCGGUGGAGGAACUGCAGGCGUGGUUGGCUCUGGAGGUGGCAGGACGUCCAUGUCGGAUGACGAUGCUCUAAAGGAAGACUUGACAACACUAGUCCCCACAAACAUUGCGGUUAUUCUAGAGGACCAGAGCAUUUUUGACGAAGAUGGAUGGAUGUCUUACCCGCUCCUUGAUCCAAGGCUGUCCGACCUUUAUACGAACUAUAGAUACGCAUAUGCAGAGCUGCUGCAGAUGUGGGAGCAGCCCUUAGCUCGGUUGGAGGUGAUGAAGUUCAACAUUCUAAAGGAAGAUGCCUCGCCAAACGGGCUCGGAGACAGCCCGUUCAGUGCCAGCGGCAGCGGCAUCCUACCCAGCAAGUCAUCACCACUAGUCAUAGGCAAACAGGAUAACCUGCAGGCCCUCCUUGCGUCAGGCCGCGGGCUCGACAUUAUCGGACUCUGCCGCGUCCACGAAACACAGCUGGAGCCGCUGCAGUACACGUCCUCUGAUCCCAGGGUCGGAGGCGCCGUCGGCACCUGCGACCGCUGCCAGCAACGACAGAACAAGCUCCUCUGUGUAUACUGCACGGAGCCGGUCGACGCGCUGUUCCCGACCUGUCUUGCGUGCGGCUGUGCGAGCCACGAGGACUGUUUAGGCGAAUGGCAUGCCGCCGGCGAGACGCAAUGCCCGGCCGGCGACGAAUGCAACUGCGUGGAAGAGGCGGCAAAUGGGCAGGUGGAAUCGUGGGCGGCGCUGCAGGCAGCGAUGCUCAAGGGCCGUUCGACGAUGAGCCUGCUUCCUGACCCUGCGAUCGGCAGCGGCGGCGAGGAGCAGGAGGAGGUGGCCGUGCCGGACAAGCAGCCUCGGGGAUGGGCCCGUCUGGGCUUCGAUACCGCGGCAGGCUCCGGGAGCGGCAAGUCGAGGCUGCCGGUGACGCCGCCCGUGUCGCUCGGUUUCGGCCCGUUUAAGCGGACGGCCGGGUCGUGGUCACGGGGCACGGGCCAGAAGCGCGGCGGCCGGCGAGGAGGCUAG